GAACUUCUAAGGUUCCAGCUUUAUAACAUCUCUUUUCUUGCCAAGGUCUGCACAGAUUAGUCAUUCACAGUUUACAGCUGCCCCUUGUGGAUGUAUAAGAAAACUGGACAGCUGCAGUAUUUAACACUUAACCAGUGCUUGGAGCCAACAAACAAUGUACUUUUGAAUUCCACUUUUAGAGCUAAAGAAGCCAUUCCAGGAUUUUUUAAACCAGGCAUUGAUGGAAUAGCAGCAUUGCUCCUAUAUCAAUCUGAGAGUUUAUCUAAUUCCUACUUAAUAGUUUGAAAGGUUCUGUGUAUUGACCACACAUUUGUAUGUCUCUUAGAAAGGAAUAUCUCCUGAGAACAUCAGAGAAACAAGCAAAUCGACUGAGCAACAUGCAACAGCGAGAUUAAAAGACACAAUCACUGCUAGACCGAAGUCUCCAACACCCUGCAUCUUCUCAACUGACAGGUACUGAAAAUGCACUAGAAAUGUUCAGUUCAAGCAACAAUUUGAGCACCACUUCAGGAAAUUACUGCACCUACAGCAAGGAAAUUAGAAAGCACGCUCUUCCCUUGGCCUAUGGUCUCAUCUUUAUUGGAGGAAUCCUGCUAAAUGGGGUCGCAGCCUGGGUCUUUGUACACAUUCCCAGCAAAACCAGCUUCAUCGUCUAUCUCAAGAACAUUGUCACGGCUGACCUCCUCAUGUGCUUAACUUUCCCUUUUAAGAUUUUUGCUGAUGCAGACAUUGGACCCUGGCAACUCAAUGUUGUUGUCUGCCGUUUUUCUGCUGUUAUUUUUUAUCUAAAUAUGUAUAUCAGCAUAACCCUGUUUGGACUCAUAGGCUUUGACAGAUGCUGUAAAGUUGUGAGGCCUCAGUUUAUCACUUCUUCACAAACAGUUCGAUGCAGCAAAAUCAUCUGCCUCAUCAUAUGGGCACUGCAAAUGCUUAUAUCACUUCCGAAUAUUAUUUUGACAGACAAAACUCCUACCAAAAACACUUCCAAGAAGUGUGUGGAUCUGAAAAGUGAACUUGGAGUCCAAUGGCACAAAUCUUCAAAUUAUGCAUGCCUAGCUAUUUUUUGGGUUGUGUUUCUCCUCCUGAUAAUCUUCUAUACUUCUAUAGCAAGGAAGAUUUAUUUCUCCCAACAGAAGUUCAAAAACACCUCAAAACUGGCAAAGAAAAAAACAAAUCGAAAUAUUUUCACCAUAAUGUUUGUGUUUUUCAUUUGUUUCGUUCCAUACCACAUUGGCAGAAUCCCAUACACAUUGAGCCAAACCUCACCACAUUAUAUCUGUUCUCUACAAGCAACGCUCUUUUACAUAAAGGAACUCACUUUACUACUCUCUGCUGCAAAUGUUUGCCUUGAUCCUAUCAUUUAUGUGUUCCUCUGCCAACCUUUCAAAGAAAGACUGUACCAAAAAUUGCACCUCAAGGUGAGGACAUCUGAGGAAUUUGAAAAUUCAAGAUCAAAUGCAAAAAAGUCAAAUGCAAUUUGUGAAACAGCUGUUGUUUCAUAACAUCUGAGAUUAAGCUACUUGCAACAUGCAGAAGAGAUGGGCACAUCAUUAGAUCAAAGAAACAGGAUAAGAUGUCCAGUAAUUUGGGUACUUAAGAUCUAAACCAACAUGAACAGCUACAGUUGAACCACAGACCUUUCAGUACUUUUUGGCUUUGGUAUUCUGAAUGUACUUCUUUGUUUUACUACUGGAAUUCUGUAAAUAUAUUUGUUUUUUCUAAUUUCAUACAGAUGUGAAUAAUAUAUGCCUGAAUUUCUAUCAAAAUAAAGUAAAUACAUUUAUUUUUCA